AUGCAGUGUCUGUCCGCGCCGACGAGACGGGAGGUGGAUAGAGAGCAUCAACGAGAGAAGUGGCUGGAUAUCGGGGUGCCAAAUGUGCGGAAUCUGAUAAAAAUAAGGUGGACGAGGAGCCUACCACUACAUUUGUUCUACAAUUCCACCGUAUUCCCUUCCAUCUCUGCCAACAAGUAUGUAGUCUUCUUUGCCAAUGAAGCCUUUGCAGACCCCGAAUCCGGUGCAGUCAACAAUCGUCUCCCGAACCGAGACCGCCGUUUGGUACCCCUAGUUGACACCCUCCGUCAAAAGGUGAUUGACGGCAGCCUUGAACGACUGGAUCCUCUGGCCUGCAUAAAUGCAUAUGCCCAGCAAUUCCAGACCGCGCACCAAAACGUCGUCCUUAUCGAAUCCCACCCCGAAGGCGCAUUGAACUCCACCGAGUCAACAGUCACCCAUGGGCGGGAAGUCGAGCCCGUCUCUAUGCGCGUCAGUUUCGCGAAGAACUGCGUCCCGGAUGAAUAUUCGUGGAUCUGCUCUGGAUCCGUUCGCGAUUCUAAUUCGGAUCCUUGCGAGAAUCCAUGCCAGGACUUGAUAGGAAAGCGGUGCAAGUUGCAGUUCAGCUUGCAGAUCGCGAUCCUAGUGAUUGUGCUGAACUUUGUGAAAUCGGUGCUGUUGCUAGCGUUGGCGUACGGGGUUAGAGAGUCGCCGCUGAUGACUAUUGGAGAUGCGGUUGCGUCGUUUUUGCAGAAGCCGGAUAUCACUACGGAGGGCAUGUGUUUGUUGAGCAAACACGAGAUUAUCAAGCCUGGUCGCGUAGGACUUUCUACCGAGCCGAGGAUGGCGAGGCUGAAGUGGGAGCCAUAUGUCAAAGGUGCAAGUAUAAGCCGGUGGGCGUUUACUAUUGGAAUAUGCACCUUUGCCCUUAUCGUCUGCGCCAGUCUUCUUGGACUGGGCAUCAAGCAGCUCCACGGCCCUCAUACUCCCUCCUUCAUCUUCUCGCUCGGGCUCGGUGCUAUAUCCCCCUCAACCUUAAUCACAGGCUGGGACAUCCCUUCUGCAGCGGUCGCUGGCCUUAUCGGAAAUAUCAUGGUCGCCAACUCCCCUCAACCCAUAUUUUCUUUUAUCUACUUUACUUGUAACGGAUUGAUGACGUCCGUCGCGAUGGCAGCGGAAUGGGUUAGUUACUCUACAGACAGGAAAGGCCUGCGAGUGAGUAGCAAGGGCCAAGGGGCACAAAGAAGCAGGUACUUCUUGCAGUUGCCAUAUCGCUAUUCUCUACCCUUGAUGGUGGCCAGCGGUCUACUACAUUGGCUUAUCUCGCAGAGUCUAUUCCUCGUCUCCGUCGAGCACUACGGUAUCGAGCUCGGUACCAUGUCGGGGUCAUCUAGCAGGGUCAAUGAAGGCCGAAUUCAUCUUGAACGUUCAGAUCUCGUGACGUGCGGAUACUCACCGCUGGCGAUUUCAUUGUCUAUCAUUGCUGGGGGUCUCUUGAUUUUUGUUGCCCUGUAUGUUGGGAGCAGGAGGAUGCCUGCCACUGGGAUGCCGGUCGCGGGAAGUUGUAGUCUUGCAAUUGCGGCAGCCUGCCAUAUGGCGAGGAGGGAUGCUACUGGCGAUGUGAAAGGCGAUGAUGACUUGGGGAGCAGCACGGCAAUAGAACCAGUGCAGUGGGAAGUGGUCUCCGAUAAUAUAGAGAGGGUGGGACACUGUGCGUUCUUGGCUGAGCCGGUAUCAACUCCUCUCCAAGGCGGUUUGUAUGCCGGUAGUAGUUAG